AAAGUCAGGGACCCCCCCCCACCCCCCCCAUAUUUUAUGUGGUUUGGAUUGUGAGAUGUCAGCAUCUCCCUCAUGCUUAGGAUCCCAGGAUGAUGAGAGAGAGGGAAGGCCAAGGAACCGAGGGAGGAGGAUCAAAUGGGUUUAAGAGAAGGUUUAGGUCCACCAACUGGUGGUUAGAAGAAUGAACACCUUAACAAUCCCAGCACCAACUCCAAAGGAGUGAAGGAGAUAGGAAGGAACUUGAAGACCUGGCUAAAAAGAGAGGGGAGAAUAGCGAGAGCAAGAAGCCAUUCUCAUGCCUUUUUGAAGGUGGGGAGGGAGUACUAUUCUCACGUGCAAGUUAGAAAUGUUGGUGCUGAUGAUGAUAAUCCAAUGAGAGAGAGAGAGAGAGAGAGAGAAGGGAAAGCAAGUUAAAGAGAAUCAUUAGUGGACUUAUUAUAUUAUUCCGGGUGCUGGUAUUGGAAGUGAAAGGAGGAUUAUUAUAUAGGAGAGGAGGAGAAGCAGAGGAGAGAGAAGAAAAAGAAAUAAGGAGGUGGCUGGCGAUUUGAAUCCUUGGGAUCGGUUUUGUCUCCGUAUUGGGAGGAUUUCCCACAGAGGAUCGGCUGCAAAUUCAUGCUUUCCUGCUCCCCACAAGGCGCACAGCAGCCCUCCUCCUGCGGUUUAUCUCUCAAUAAAGUUUCCACCCUCUUGCUUUUCUCUCACAGCGUCUCUCUCAGAGAUUGAUCUUGAGCUUGUUCUCUCAUGAACGAAGAGGAGGAACAACUCUGAGCAUUUUGCUGUUGAUUACUCUUCCGAUCAUUGUAUCAAGACAACUUAUUUCUUCGCAGAGGACUCAAGCUUUCUGUAUUAUGGGAGGUGUUACAGUUGGGGAACCUUCCUGACUUCUCAUGACAAGCAGCUAGCCUACUACUGUACCCGGUGUUGUAAUGAUUUAUUAUUCAACUCCUGCUAUUUCUAAGGAUCUUGAACUUUUUGAAAUCAAGGGACAGAAGAAUGGCUACUUUCUACACCAGCUCUACCAAUCAAAGAGAUGCCAUGCCGAACCUGUGCCUAUGGGAUCCAGGACAUACUCCAUAUCCUGAGUCAUCAGUUACUGGCAACAUGCUGUAUCUCAACUACCCAUCUUCUAGUCUGUAUUCAGAUGCUUUGGCAGGCAAUACUCAAUCCCAGCAGAAUUCUGUCAAGCUCCCUAUUCCCAGUGCUAUAAUUUCACAAGGCUCAUCUGUGGAAGUCCCUAACAUGAUGACUUCUCAUCUUGGUGAAAAUGCUUAUAAUGGUUGGAGGGAUGGGAGAAAUGAGAUGUCAUUCAUGCAAAUAAUUGGUGGGUCAAUGAAUGGUGCAGGAGAUCUUGUUCGUAGUUCUGUUAGUAAUAAUUUCCAGAUGGGUCUGCAGACACAGUUGGGCAUCGUAAAUGGACAGGACCUGUCUUUGCAGCAGUCAAAUGUUUCCACCAUGCAAAACCAAGGACUAUCACUUAGCCUUAGCACACAAAUUCCAGUUCCUUCAUUCCAGUACCGGCCUGCAACCUCAGACUUAUCUUUCUUUGGGCCACAUCAGUCGGCUACAGGAAACAGUGGGUCAUGUAGAGAUGAUGACUCUAGAAACAAAAAUAUGCAUCCUAACCUCUCUGCUUAUGGAGUUUCAAGUCUUACAAAUCCCAUUUCAAAUUCUAAGUAUCUUAAGGCAGCACAAGAGUUACUUGAUGAAGUUGUUAACGUCCGGAAGGCUUUGAAAGACAAAGCAGAUAAAAGCCAAAGUGUCCAUGCUUCUGCUGGUACCACUGGUUGUAAGGAUACUGAUGGGGCAACAAAGAGUGAAGGGAUGCCUUCGAACCCUCAAGAGUCCACUGCCAAUUCAUCUAGUGAGCUCUCACCCUCAGAAAGGCAGGACCUUCAGAACAAGGUCACAAAACUGUUGGCUAUGUUGGAUGAGGUUGAUAGAAGAUACAAACAAUAUUACCAUCAAAUGCAGAUUGUAGUGUCAUCUUUUGAUGUAUUUGCUGGUUCUGGGGCUGCUAAACCUUACACUGCACUUGCCCUUCAGACAAUCUCUCGGCACUUCCGCUGCCUCAGAGAUGCCAUCAGUGGUCAGAUUCGAGCUACCCAGAAAAGUCUUGGAGAGCAAGACAGUUCAAUUAACAAGGCAGGUGGAAUCUCUCGCCUUCGGUAUAUAGACCAGCAGAUAAAGCAACAGAGGGCUGUGCAGCAGUUUGGUAUGAUGCAACAGCAUGCAUGGAGGCCACAGAGGGGGCUACCUGAGUCAUCUGUCUCAGUCCUUCGUGCUUGGCUGUUUGAGCACUUUCUUCAUCCUUACCCAAAGGAUUCUGAGAAGCUGAUGCUUGCAAGACAGACAGGCUUGACAAGGAGUCAGGUUUCAAACUGGUUCAUUAAUGCUCGAGUUCGGCUUUGGAAGCCUAUGAUAGAGGAAAUGUACAAAGAAGAGAUUGGUGACACUGAGAUUGACUCAAACUCUUCAUCAGAGAAUCCGCCCAGACAAAAGGAUGAGAUCCAAUCCUCUGAGAACCAGGACGAUUUACAAAGCCCUGCAGGGGAAAGAUGCCAGACAAACCAACUUAAUGACUCAAAGUCCAAAGCCAUCCACAGCAUGGAUAUGGGUGGGGCGUCUGCCAGCUUUCAGGACAAAACAAGUUCAGGUGAUGCUUACAUGAAUCUUAAGUUGAAUGAACAAAGACCGAAUGGCAAUGACUGUAGCCUUCUACAAGAUGCUCUCACCCACUCGGAGGGAAGGUAUAUGGCUUAUCAGACGGCUGAGUUUGGUCAAUACGGGAAUAGCGGUGUCUCUCUCACACUGGGGCUACAACACUGUGAUGGAAGCCUUCCUGUAUCAAAUGGUCCACAGAGCUUUCUUGCAAUGAGGGGGGAAGACAUUUACAGUGCAGCUGCUCCAAUUGGAGCUGAUACAGCUGAUUAUGAUUACAUAAAUAUGGAUGAUCGGCGGCACAGGUUUGGGUCAUCCCAUCUACUUCAUGAUUUUGUUGCUUAAAGCGCCAAAUUUUAUUGCAGUGGCUGUUCAAAUAAGUGAUGCUGGAAUAACAUGCCCAAAGCUGCCUUUGGAUACUGCUUGCAGGCACCAUAGAAGGAAGUUCAUUAGCAUGAUAUAUGUAGUAUAAGAGAGAUAAAUUGAGUGGGUGGAAUAUACAGGGUAGCAUGUUGUAAAGAUAGAAGCAUAAUUUUUGUGUAAUUGUUGAAGAACAUGUAAUACUAUUAUUUGAGUAUCAUCCUUUUGUAUACUAUUGGAAUGGCUUCAAAA